AUGACUCGCGUAGCAGAGCCGUUACCUUCGAAAUACCUUCGAAGUCGUACGGCAACAGCUAAAUUAAAGCAUACUAUUGAUUUAGCAGUACCAACAAUGACAACUAUGACCCCGAUGGUAAAAGAUGUACACAACAUAUCGUUAGUUACAUUAGCACAAGAUUUUGCCUAUCAAGUAUCGAAACGUCAAGGAAAUUAUCAAAAAUUUUCUGAAACCUUAUUAAAAAAUAAAAGCCUAUUAGUCCCAAGACGUAUGGCAGUCAAACGACAACGAGCAGGAUUCAAAGGUCCUUCGUUACAAUAUGAACCGGUUAGAUCGGAAAAUUAUCAAAUCGAAUUAGGAAAUUCAACGGAUACAACAGCGCAAACAAAUCGAAAUGAAUCACGUCCAACAACGUCACCAGAAGAUACUCAAAAUCAAACGUCAUCACAUCGUACUAGUUCAUUACGAGAAGAAACUCCUCAUGCACUACCAUCAGAUAUCUCUCUUAUGUAUAGAGAAAAGCCAGUACAUCUUCAUCCAAUUACUGGUCAUUUUAUUGUACAAUAUAUUGAAGACAAUGGUAGCCCGUCACCAUGUUCCUAUGUCUUGCCACGUAAAUCCUGUAGAGAAAAAAAUGCUCCUGCAUAUAGUUUUGGAACGAGAUGCUUAGUUGAAAAACAAGGUGGUUCACGUACCGCCUGGCAAAAACAAUGGUUUUCUAGCCCAAAUCCAUUUACAAUAAAAGUUGAUUUUAAUCGUGAAACUGCAUGGCCAACACCAGUUCAUUACCAAGCACAACCUACGAUAGGCUCUCAAGCAACAAAGCAAACUUUCCCAGCAUGGUCAUUUGCUGCACCUUCUCUGAGUAGUCCACCAUUGAUAAGAGAAAAUAAUCCUGCACCUGACACCUAUGAUACAACAACAGCUUUCAGAAAAUUAACAGCAAAAAGUACACCAAUUACUUUGAAAUCACGAGUCGGUGGGACGCAAAUAUCAACUAAUCAAUCAACCGACAAAACACCAGGUCCGGGUGCUCAUGAUGAAAGUAAAUUUCUUUCUAACAGACGUUCCUCACCCAAACAUUCCUUUGGUAAACGUAUUCCGGCGUCAUUUCGUCAAGAUCCCUAUGUUCAAGUUAUACCAUAA